GGCCUGGCCACGAAAGCCAACCAGUCCGCCUUGGAAGCCCUCCAAGUGGAGGUCGGCACCAAGAGCAUGCCCACCGGCGUCAAUCUCAAGCUCGCCAACCACCCCACCAUUGCCGCGAUGAACAGCAGCAUCACCAGCGCCAACAACGCCACCCUCGCAACGGUGGCGGCCACCUAUGCGCUCAAGUCGGUCGUGGACCAGCUGGCCCUCGACGUCGCCGCACACGGCCCUGCUCCCCAUGGCCAGCACCAGCGACCUCACCGCCGCGGUGGCUCUCAGGACCACGCCCGCCGACGUGAGUCAGCUCAUCGCAACUGCCCUGCUGCCCUUCGUCCAGCAGACGGCCCUCAACGCCGCGCUGGCCUUGAGGGACGGCCGGCUCGACGCGGCGGAGGCGCUGCUUGCAGCGCUGCAGGCCGCGGGCUAAACCAAACGGUCGGGGAUGUCACCACGGCCGUGCUCGGCGACGUUACCCAGGUCGUCUACGACGCCGGGCAGGCCCUGCAGGAUUCCCGGCUGGACGGCCACGACGCGGAGAUCCUCGCGCUGCAGAACGCCGGCCCCUACGCCAUGGGGGCGGAGCUGACGGCCCUGCAGCUGUCCCUCCAGUCCGCCAUCGACGGACUUUUGGCCGAAGGCAACGUCACCUGGGAUCUCUUGGUAGGCACCAACCAAAUCCGCAACUUUCACGCCGCCAGCGAGUCCUGGGUGCUCGCUCAGCUCGGCGGGUACUACACGAGCCAGGAAGCCAACGAUGCCAUCACUGCUCCCUUGACGAAUCACUUCACGAGGGCGGAGGCCACGGCGAACCUCGUGGCCUUCCUGGCGCAGGCCAACACCUACACGGACGAUCAGCUAGUCCGCUACAGCACCGCCGCGGAGAUGACCCAGGCCAUCGCGGACGCCCUGGUGCCCUACGGGACGAUCGUCCAGCGAGAUGCAGCCAUCGCUGCGGCACUCGCGGCCUACUACACGUCGGUGCAGACGGACAGCGCCAUCGCUGCGGCGGCAGCGAUCACGGCAGCGCUGGUGCCGGUGACUCUGAGCAACGGCCAGUCCUGGAACGGCGGGCCGACCUUCAAUCUGCUUCAGGGCACCAAAUGUGCUGCGCAAUCCGUCCGUGGCCGGGGCGCCCACACGGCCUCCUUCCAGAACCUGGACGACACGAUUUUGAUCGAGUCGGACUCCUACGUCGAUUCCAAGAUCAUCACGGCACUGCUGGACUUCUCGACCUCCGCAGAGGUCACGCAAGAGAUCGCCGAUGCGCUGAGCAACGUGGACUUCUCGAGUUACUACACCUCGGCCCAGACCGACUCGCUCUGCUACUCCCGCACGGAGCUGGACUCUCUACUCACGGCCACGCUCACGCAGUACUGGACGUCGGGGAGGACGCAGUCGGAGAUCGACGACGCCCUCGCGGGCUCCGGCUUCCUGGACCAGGCGGCCGGCGACGCCCGGUACCUCGUGCGCCCGCCCGGCGGCGCCAGCGGCUCCAUCCAUCAGAUUGUGCAGAAUCAGUUCUUCCCUCCCGUCAUCAAGAACCUGCUGCUCCGGCUCCAGCCGCCGCUGGCCGGAACCAGCAUCCUCGGCAACGGCAGCCCUCCAAAGCACUUGCGACUGCUACUCGAAGAGCGAAAGCGACUCGCG